AAUUCUAGUCAAAGUGAGACCUCUGUAGGUAAACGGUGGAGGGAACAGCCAACAUGUCUGCUCUUACAAAGUCUUUCACCUUCGCCUGCAGAAGAAUAUUUUCCCGGAAUAUAAGGCAGCAUUCAUCUGUCACAACUGAACUGAUGGAAAACAUGGAUAAGAAGUCAGCAUGGGAUCGCUUCUACUCUGAGACCAGCAGCAGGAAUCCCAACUUUAAAAACUUUGAGUGGUUCUUCGGUUUCGAUGCUGUGCGGGACUUCAUCAUGCCCCUUUUACAGACUGCAUCGCUUCCACCCUCUCCUCUCCAGGUUCUAGAUAUGGGUUGUGGCACCUCUGCAUUAGGCCCCUGCAUCUACAGAGACUCGGUUCUGCCUGUUCGAGUCACUUGUGCCGACAUCUCCCCUGUUGCUGUGCAGCUGAUGCGAGAGCACCUUCAGGCUAAAUCCAUCAAGCCGCUAAAUGUUUCUUCUCACAUUGAGUUUUUAGAACUGGACUGCACACAGCUUGACCGACACUUCGCUGCUAAUAGUCUGGAUCUUAUUGUUGACAAGGGCACCAUAGAUGCUUUGCUCAGGUCCAAGGAAGGAACAGAAAAGGCUGCUUUGGUGUUGAGACAGUGUCUCAGGGUUUUGCGGAGCUCAGGAUCUCUGCUUCAGUUUUCGGAUGAGGAUCCUGAUGCGAGACUUGUGUGGUUAGAAACAGCUAUAGGGGAUCAGGGGCUGGUGGCGGCAGAUGUUGGGGUGCAGGAGGUGGGGAUGUUAAGGGGUGUGUGCUACUACUGUUACGAAGUAACCCCUCAGAAUGAUGUAAAUAAAUAAAUGUUAAGUCA